AUGGAGGCCUGUCUGUUCGAAACGGAGGGUGUGAAGAUACCAGGGACUGAAUGUGACUACCAGUUCAGCAGGUCAGGCAGCCGCCCAGCGCACGGCCGCCUGUACAGUCCCCGCUACCCCUCUAUAUACCCCAACAACGUGCGGUGUUCAUACCAUUUCCACGGCAGGCCAAAAGACCGGGUCAAAAUAGUUUUUGAAGAAGUGUCUCUACAAAAAGGCGACGUAAGUUGCCUCCGGCGGGCGGACAUCAUCAAAGUCUUUGAUGGCAGGGACUCAAAUGCACCCGCUAUAGCUAUGCUGUGUAACGAACUUGCAGGUUAUGAGGUGCUAUCCACUGGGCCAUCGCUCCUUCUGCAAUUCACGGCCAACUCUGCGAGCCCAGGCCAAGGAUUUGCGGCCACCUUCCACUUCCAGCCGCCCCCAGACUCUACAGCGGCAGAUUCGGAUCGCCUAUUAAAGCUCAGCUUUGGGAAAGCUUUCGAGUCCCUAGGACCAGAAGUUAGUGCCACAAGUAAG